AUGCUGAACGGUCCAUUGGGUGUUCAGCAAGAUAGGAAGAUCGAUGUUGGUAAGCCUGCUGGCAGCGGGGACCGGUUUCGUGAACCUUCCAUGAGGACCACAGUGCACGAAAAUGGUUUGUCGUCGACAUUGCACAUCCUGGGGAAUGAGAAGGUAGACAAUGACAUAUUUCCAGCCGCUGAUUCUCCGGAAGACGCGAGCCACAGAUCUUUGACAUUAGUUAGAAUCAAGCCCACGGGUUCUGAGAGGUAG